GGCUGCACUCAAGCUGGGCUCUGAGGGAUGGGCCUUCCAGAAAGAAGGAAUUGUGUUUCUUUUCUUUUAUUGGACAUUGGCUUGCGUUAUAAAUGUUUUAUCACUGUGUGUGGCCUUUUGGGUGGCUUGGAAGUAUUUGGAAGAAGGCUCCAAAUGUUACUAUUAACCUAAGGCUUAAAAAAAUGCUUUUUAAGGAAAUAUUCCAUUUUGAAAACCAUACUUGGUGCCUAGUGCUGAUUUUUUUUUUUUUUUAAGUAAUAUUCCAUUUUGAAAAGUGGUAAUAGAUUUGAACAUACCUGGUGCUGGUAGGAUUUUAGUGAACUUCACAGAGCGAUGGAGUUUAUUUCCCUGGAGCAAAAACUGUUCUUUUGUUGUAUAAUUCAGGGAUAAUCAGUUUUGCUUUGUAAUGCAGAGCAAAACAGUUGGAUUAACAGUUGUUCAAGAAAAACUCAAAUGCUAUUAUGGUGAGUAAUGGAAACAUUCCAUUUGUUAAGCAAACCAUAAUAUUGAACUGUUCUUACAAAUGUGAUGUAAUUUCUAAUUGUUGCUCAGCGAGACUGAAGAUAAUUCAGAGGCAAAUAGUGUUAACGCUUUACUUCUAACCCGUCUCUUUUUAUUAUGAUUUCAAACUCCUAAAACAUUCAUAUACAUAGAUAUACAUACCUUAGAUAUGUGUGCACACACACACAACCUCUACCAAACCCUUGUCUAUUGAAAUCUGUCUACCCUUGUAAGACCUCUUGAAAAUGUCCACUUCUUUACAUUUUUUUUCAUUAGCUUAUUUCUCUUUAAAUCAUCUUGUGCAUUUUUAUAGACAAUGCUCUCUUAUGCGUGUGUGCGUGUGCGCGAGCUUGCGCACGCGCAUGCGUGUAAAAAGGUGGGUCAGUUCUGGGGUCAAAUCUAGUUCUGUUUUAUGAGGACUUAGGUUUUUGGGUUUUUUUUCACUCCUAGAAUGUGCUAAUGUGAGAUGUGCCAUUGUUUUGUUUGGUUUUAUUUUGUAACCCGUUGAACCCACUGUGCUCAGGUGCUGUGGAUUCAGGGCAGAAGUUCCGGUUGUCCUCCAAUACUCUGUUUUUCUUCACUAUUACUAGAAUUUCAGCUAGACACACGGUUGUCCUGAAUAGAUUACUCUAUUGGAUCAAUUUUAUAAAUCGCUAAGAAAUAAUACCCAAGACGGGGAGUCCAACAGCUCACGACUGCAUUAAAAUGGGAUACCAAGGUUUGGGAGAAGAAACUGAGAGACUUUAUUCCAAGGAAAAUUCUGGAAGCCCAUUUAGGAGUGAUUUAAUACUGAAGUUCUAAGUGUUGGUUACAAAUCCAGCCUCGACGUUUCUCAAAGUUGUACGAAGCACCGAAGUGUGAGUUGGGCGUCUUCGCACAGCGCUUCACCUCAGGUGAAACAAAUCCUGAGACGGUGCAAGCCGCACCCGCAGGCAGACCCGCCCAGGCGGCUGCUCUGGGCUGCGCAGGAAAACGCGGGGCAAGCGGCCCCGAGACCACCUAGAACCGAGAGCCACAGAGCGGCCCGACCGAGCCUUCCCGCUCGCGCGCUGCGCCCCCCACCCCCCGCGGGGGCGCACAUGGACCCCGCCCGAAGCAGCCCGGGUCGCCGGGCGGCGGCGCGAGAGCUACUGCGAGGGGCGGCCGCGGCCGCGAAGGGCCUUCGGGAAGAUCUGAGGGGCGCGGUGGUCCGACCCUGGAUCCCGAAGCAUGAGGGGCCCCGAGAGGAGGCGGCGGCGGGACACGAGAUCCUACUGCCAAAUGAGAGAAGCUUUCAGAAUGCUGCAAAAAGCAAUAAUUUGGAUCUUAUGGAGAAGCUGUUUGAAAAGAAGGUUAACAUUAAUGCUGUGAACAAUAUGAACCGCACAGCCCUGCAUUUUGCGGUGGGGGCGAAUCAUUUAUCCUCGGUGGAUUUCUUGCUUAAUCGCAAGGCCAGGGUGGAUGUUGCUGAUAAGCACGGCUUGACAGUAAUUCACCUUGCAGCCUGGUCUGGAAGUCUUGAGAUCAUGCUCAUGCUGGUUAGAGCUGGAGCAGACCAGAGAGCCAAGAAUCAGGAUGGAAUGAAUGCCCUCCACUUUGCAGCUCAGAACGAUAAUGUACGCAUUGUGGAGUACCUCAUUCAAGAUCUGCACUUGAAGGACCUGAACCAGCCCGAUGAGAAAGGAAGAAAACCAUUUCUUUGGGCAGCUGAGAGGGGCCACAUUGAAAUGAUAGAAAAACUUAUCUUCCUUAAUCUACAUACUUCAGAAAAAGACAAGGAGGGAAAUACUGCCCUGCACCUUGCAGCAAAGCAUGGUCACAGUCCUGCGGUCCAUGUGCUGCUAACCCAGCAGCAAGAAAUAAAUGAGAUCAAUGAGAAUGGAGAAACACCAUUCUUUCUGGCUGUUAAAGGAGGUCAUGAAGAAUGCAGCAAAGUGCUCCUGACAGCAGGAAGUGAUAUCAACAUUCCAAAUAAGCUCAACAUCAGUGCUUUGCAGAUAGCAACCCAGAACGGCCACACAUCCCUUGUGAGCUGUCUUCUCAGUAAGCAUGUUGACCUGUACCAGAAAGUGGAACCGAAGGAGUCCCCUCUUCAUUUAGCUGUUAUCCACAACCAUAUCACAGUUGUAAAGAGCUUAUUAAGUGCACAGCAUGACAUUAACAUCUUAAAUCAGAGGCAGCAGACUCCUUUGCACCUAGCUGCUGAUCUUGGCCAUGUGGAACUGGUGGACACUUUGCUGAAGGCAGGCUGUGACCUGAAGGUCGUUGAUAAGCAAGGGAAGACUGCCCUGGCCAUGGCCUCCAGAAGCAACCACAGCCUUGUAGUGGACAUGAUUAUUAAAGCAGAGAGGUACUACGCCUGGAGAGAGGAGCAUGGUGAGAGCAUCAAGGACUCAUCAACCAGCUUUACUUUGACAUUCAAACAAGAUCACAGUCUGGAGACCAGGCAUAUUCGCAGUCUCCUCUGGAACCUGGCUUACCAUCAGCUAAAGGCCAAUGAGUGGCAGAAGCUUGCCCGUUCCUGGAACUUUACAGAUGACCAGAUCAGAGCCAUUGAGGAGCAGUGGUCAGGAAAGGGAAGUUUCCGUGAACACGGCCACAGGGCUUUGCUCAUCUGGCUGCACGGGACCCUGAUGACACAGGCCACUCCAGUCAAGCAUCUGUAUGAAGAGCUGGUACGCGCAGGUUUCCCAGAACUAGCUGAAAAGAUUCGUCAAUUCAAAAAUGAAACUGAUGGGAGGUCCAAGAAAUGUGCAGUUUCGUAAAUGCCUAAAGAAAUUGUAUUUAAUUGGUUUUCCACUCAGCAUUGCCUUUACAUUCAGUUCUUUAAUGCCAUAAAAUUCUAGCAGUAUUGACUGUCCUUUCAACUAUGAAGAUGGUGGUGACAGAUGAAAAAAUGGUAUUAGUACUUUCCACCUACUGAAAUGAAAGGUCAAAAUUUUUUUUGGUUUUUGCUUAAAGAAAAUUGUAUGUGAUUUUUGCAUUUCUGACAUGAUGCAACAUAUGUGAUAGCAUAAUCUAGGUUUUUGUUCAUCAUGUUUUUAAAAAAAAAUGAUGGUAGGAACAGCAUCCUGGUAUAGGGAUUUAGAACAGACAGACAUGGUUUUAAUCCUGGUUUUACUACUUAUUAACUGUGAACCUUUGGGCAUACUAAAUAUCCAAGAUCUCAGAUCUUCAGUUUCCUUCUCCAUAAAAUGGGGGAAUGUCUCUCUCUGCCACAGUAUUGAAGAUGAAGGUUAAAUGCCUGUGAAAUCCCUAAUCUCAUGCCCACAGUAAUGAAAUCAUCCCCUGUGAGUUAUUUCUCUUCAGUGAGAGAAACUAGCUUUGAAAAUUUAUAGUUACUUUUGGCUUUAAAUAACACAUAUGUGUAAUAAUAGUGCUUAGAAAAGACCGGAAGUAUGUAUACCAAUGUAUUUUUUAAAAUCUCUUGGUGGUGUAAUUACAGGUGGUUUUUAUUUUCUUUGUACUUUUUGGUACUUUCCAAUUUUUUUUUUUGACAAUAAGCAUGCAUUAUUUUUAUAAUCUGAGAGAAAUAAAUAUAAAAUCAAGUAUCAACUCAUAUCAGUUUACAUGCACCUAUUCAUCAUAAUUUAAGGCUCUCCAUUCUUAAACUCUGACUCUAAUUCCAUAAGGCACCAGAGAUAAAAUCAUGAGUAAUAUCAGUCCAAUUAUCCUGAAUUGAUAGUUUUACAUUUUGGUCUCAUCCUGAUUGUAAAUGGCCCACUUACUUCUAUAAAUGUUUAAAAUAGGGAACAUGUUCACAGGAGUCCAAAAAGUUUUUUUAAAAAGGGAUUCAGUGGAAAGUCUUGUCCCCAUCUGUUCUUCAACAUGGCUGGUUUCCAGUGACCAUGCUACUUACUCCCCCUUCCAAAAUCUGGGUAACCUCUUUAUGCAGAAG